CUGCGCUCUCCCGAACGCCAGCAGCCGGGUCGGAAAGGAAGUGGCCGCAGUGUGUCGUGGUGCAGGACGGUUUUUGAGCGUUCGUUCAUUCACUCGCUACCUUCGCUCCUUUGGGUCCCACGAUGCCGAUGUAUCAGGUAAAGCCGUAUCACGGGGGCGGUACAUCGCUCCGUGUAGAGCUUCCCACCUGCAUGUACCGGCUCCCCAACGUGCACGGCAGGACCGGCAGCCCUGCGCCGAACGCGGGCCACGUGCAGGAAGAGUCUGACCCAUCUCUUCAAGCUCUCGAGUCCCACCAAGAUGACAUUUUAAAACGUCUGUAUGAGUUGAAAGCUGCAGUUGAUGGGCUGUCCAAGAUGAUCCAGACGCCAGAUGCAGACUUGGAUGUAACCAACAUAAUCCAGGCUGAUGAGCCCCCUGCUCUGUCGACCAGUGCAUUGGACUUAAAUUCUGUGCUUGGAAAGGACUAUGGGGCCCUGAAAGACAUCGUGAUCAACGCAAACCCCGCCUCCCCACCCCUCUCCCUGCUGGUGCUGCACAGGCUGCUCUGUGACCGAUUCCGGGUCCUGUCUGCCGUUCACACGCAUUCAGCCAUCAAGAGCGUGCCAGAAAACCUCCUCAAGUGCUUUGGCGAGCAGACCAAAACACGGCCUCGUCAUGAGUAUCAGCUGGGUUUUACUCUGAUUUGGAAGAAUGUGCCAAAGACCCAGAUGAAGUUCAGCAUCCAAACGAUGUGUCCCAUCGAAGGAGAAGGCAACAUUGCCCGUUUUUUGUUCUCUCUGUUUGGCCAGAAGCAUAAUGCUGUAAAUUUAACCCUCAUAGAUAGCUGGGUAGACACAGCAGUUUUUCAGCUAAGAGAGGGAGGCAGUAAAGAAAAGGCCGCUGUGUUCCACUCAAUGAACUCUGCUCUCAGGAAGAGCCCCUGGCUCGUGGGGAACGAACUCACUGCGGCCGAUGUCGUGCUGUGGUCUGUGCUCCAGCAGACGGGCGGCUGCAGUGAGAUGGUGCCGGCCAGUGUGCAGAAGUGGCUGAGGGCCUGCAAGAACCUGGCCCCUUUCAGCACUGCCCUCAGACUCCUUAAGUGAAUUUUAGUAACUGGUUUUAAAGGGCUUAGAUUUAAAAGAAUGGUGCUGUUUUAUGCCUGUCAGUAAAAGGACUUGUAUAAAAAUCAGUCUUUAUUUAGGCCAGUUACCAAGUAUCAAUAAAGCAUCAUACAAUU